AUGUACACGCGGCUGCAGCACUUUGCCGACGCCGUCUAUAAGAGGGCCGUCGAAGAGACGCCUCGCGAACCCGAGAUUCCCGGCUGGUCCUUUUGGGUCUUCCUCGCCGACUUCAUCGUCUUCCUCCCCAUCAUCCUCUGGACCUCCUACACCCUCCACCAGGUCUACCCCAUCUUCGCCAUCGUCGAGGACGAGAACCCGCCCGCCUACGACCCCGUCAACCUCGCCGAAGAUGAAGGCGCCAUCCCCUCCGCCGGCCCCGAGGUUCGCCCCGACGGCCCCGUCCCCCAGACAAAGGUGACCGGAGGCCGCCCCACCACCGUCACCUCCUCCAUCCGCUCCAUCAACCGCCUCCUGACCACCUACGGCGGCUGGCGCUCAAACUUCCGCGGCUUCGGCGUCUACUUUGUCCAGGCCCUCGCGACCAACUUCCUCUUUGGCAUCUUCUCCUCCUUCCUCCCGGACAUCCUCGCCUCCCUCGCGACCCUCCUCUCCGCCCUUGCCCUCGUCCAGCUCUCCGCCGUCUGGGUCCACAUCGUCAUCACCCCCUCAAGCUCCGACUACUUCUGGAAGCGCCUCCCGCCCUUCAAGCGCACCUUUGACGCCACUGCGAAGCCCGUCGCCGCCUACUGGCUCGCCGAGCAGGUCGCCACCUGGGUCCCCAUCGCCGUUGGCUGGGCCCUCGGCCUCGACCUCCCCAACUUCCAGUUCGGCAAGCCCAACUCGGUCGUCUCCCAGCCCCAGAGCUCAGACGCCUGGAAGAGCAUCGUCAUCACCCUCAUCAGCAUCGCCUUCCAGAUCAUCAUCGUCAUCCCCGCUCACGUCGUCCUCGUCCGCGUCCAGGCCUCUCUCAUCCCCGAGGAGGCGAACACCAUCAUUCCCUUUGACCGCUCCUUCGAGGGCAAGGUCGAGCCCCGCGUCGUCGGAGGCAAGGGCUACGCCACGAUGGACGACGCCUGGAGCGGCUUCUCCCGCAACGCCUGGAAGCGCCUCGUCAUCCUAUACGUCAAGAUCUUUGCCGUCUCCUUUGCCGCUUUCGCGCUCAUGGCCGCUGUUGUCAUUCCCGAGAUUAUCGUCUUCAGCAAGCUUGCCAAAUAA